CAUAGACUAGUUCACUGGGGGUUCAGUCUUAGCAGGACCCAGGGCUUCCCCUUCCACUGGUGCUCUUACUAGGAUAUUCAUUGCUACCUAUGGGGUCAGAGUCCAGGGUCAGUCCAUGUAUAGUCUUUAGGUAGUGGCUUAGUCCCUGGAAGCUCUGGUUGCUGCUGCCUUUUAAAAAGUUAUUUUUUUAUGAGUGCUGAUGUUUUUCCUGCAUGUCUGUCUCUGUUCAAGAGUGCCAGAUCUUCUGGAACUGGAGUUACAGACAAUUAUAAGCUGCAAUGUGUGUGCUGGGAAUUGAACUCAGGUCCUCUAACCACUUAGACUCUUAACCACUGAGCCAUCUCUCCAGCCUGCAAAAGCUUCUUUCUGGCAAACUUUGUUGCUUUUUAAUCCCCACAGCUCUCUCCUUUUUUAUUUCUACUCUUAUCUCUCUAAACACUAUGUCCCGGUCUUUCCUGCAAGCAUUGAAUUUCUGAUCUUCUUCUUAAGCACAUUUCCAUCCCAGAUCCCCUCUCCCGUUACAGGAAAUGCAUUCAUUUCACCCUGAGAGUGCAGCUUUAACGCUACAGUCAGGCUUCACUAUUUCAAGUGUGACAACAACAUUGUAAAAAUACAAAGGAAAGAAGGUAAGAAAAAAGUCAUUUAGCCUUUGUGAAAAGAAAUACCAAUGCAUACAGUACGCCAGGGCACUGAUCACUGCUAAACACUUAACAUUUAAAACUCUCUUACUUCCUUCCCUCUAGUCUUGUCCCCCACACUUUCCUUCCUGGUUUCUGUACAGUUUUAUCAUCUGUUAUAUAUUAGUUUUUGCUUUAUCAUUCCUUGGCAUGUACCCUUUAUUAGUGUAUUAGUAUUAGCUUAGGAGACGGCUAUCGUUUUCAUUUUGCCUUUAUUGUUUUUAAAAUUAGGAGGCUUAUCUAUGUAUAUGAAUGGAGUGAUGAAUGAAUAUUUCAGUCUUUUGACUCAUUGUGUCCUCCAUGGUUGCUAGUGACACAGUCACUGUCACUUAUUAAGUAAAAGGCUCUAACAUUUACCAUUAGCUUUUACGUUGUCUUUAACCUUGACGUAAUACCCAUUUAGAAAAGGAACUAAAUGUUUGUGCAUCUUCCUGAAUUUCUGUGUGGACUUUUGUCUCUGAAUGGGAUGGGAUGUGAGAUGGGACAUUCAGCGGCUGAUUUGGUUUAGAUUGUGGGAAGGAGUGUGUGACCAUGAUGAACUGAGUAUUUUUAGAUUAACACAGGGUUUUUCUGCCAUGUUUAGACACAGAGGAAAGGCAGCCAUCUGCAAGUCAAAAGGCGUCUUCACUAAAAUUUGACCAUGCUAAUACCUUGAUCUCAGGCUUCCAGCUUACAGAACUGUGAGAAAUAGAUGUCUGUCAUUUAAAUCAAGCAAGUCACUCAAUGUUAUUUGCUGUGGUAGCCUAAGAAGACUAAGGAAAAAAGUAUCUCUCCUCCUUUUUAUAUUUCUAUCUUUUCAAAAUUGUAUUUUUAACUAUGUGUAGGUCUUUGUAUCUAUUUGUGGGUAUGUAUACAUGACUGAAUGUACCACAGUGGCCAGAGGCAUCAAGUCCUUUGGAUCUAGCAAUACUGGUGGUUUUGAAUCACCCACUAUGAUCCUUGAACUAAACCUGAGUCUUCUACAACAGCAGUAGAUGCCCUUAACUCCUGAGUGAUCUGUCCAGUUUCUUGACCCCAAUACAAAAAGAAGCUGAUUUUUCAGUGUGAAUUGCUUGCUUUAUAUCACAGUUCCAGUAGAUGUAAAAAACAAUCAACCAAGCCAUUGUUAUUGUUUUUUGACUACCUAAUGGACAAAUGCAAUGUGUGUUUUUACAUUCGAUGUAAACGAACAUAAGUCUUUUAAUGUUUGUGAAUCCAAUAUAUGCAAUGAAUUGUGUAACUGUUUAUCUACUUUUUAUUUCAUACCUGAAGAUAACAAUAUAUCACUCUAGCAAUCCCCAUCGGUUACUAUUCUAGAGACAGUCAUUGAUAUAUGUAUUGAGUAGACUGAAUAAAUAGCAACUGGCAGAUAACUCCAUAUAUAGGUAAAAGUGCUUGUUGGGCAGGGCUGAAAAAAUCUCAGUUUAAUCCCUGUAAUUCACAGGGGAAGAAGAGAACUGAUGUGAAAAGCUGUCUUGUUACCUCCAAGAGUAUACUGUAGCUGGCAUGUACUUAUUGGUCAUUCGAGAUUCUAAAAAUAAUUUACCCUAGAGCAACAUAUGCCAAGGCAGGGAGAGGAUUUACUGUCUUUAAAUUUGGAAGGUUGAUAGGUUGAUUAGAUGGACCAAAUGGAUUAGAAGCUAUUUAGCUGCAAGUAGGAGAACAUUCCACCCUCUCAGGAGAUUAAUCAGCCUCAAAAUCGCAAUGUAACUGAAGCCAAAGUCCAGCAUGUAAGAGCAUCUAUAUAUAGGCUGUGAGGGUCCAUCCUGCUGUGCGUACUCUUCCCACUAUUCUCAGGCUGCUGGCGUGAGAGACUAGGUUCGUUUCAGAUAAUCACACUGAGAUGUGAUAAUCAACACAGGAAGAUGUGCAAGUCAUUCCUUCCUAAUUUCUUUUCUUAGGAAUAGAAUUCUAGAAGUUCCCUCAUCUUUCUUUGGCUGCAUCUGGGUAAAAUACAGUGGCAGGGACUACUUGCUGUCGUCUCUUCUACCUGCCUACCUGCCCACUUAUUAGUGCCUUCCACACAGCUUGAGAAUAAGUCUCCAUCAGUGAGUGAUUCCUGCUGCCUACCGUAGAGAUAAGUCUGUCCUGAGAUUUAGCAGCAGCAGUACUGACACCAAGAAAGCCCAGCAAAAUAAAGGAAGCACAGGCUACUGACUACUGGAAGCUUCUUCCUUUAUGCAUCCCAGCAUUUCAGAUUGCAGACCAUCUGGCUUCUUUAUCCAGCAGUGAAUUUUACUUGUGUCUUAUCUAAAGACAUCAUUGCGUUUGAUGUAUGGCUCUUUUUUAAAAUGUCACACAACCAACCUUAGUUUGAAGUGCAUUUAAAGCAUGGUUGGCCCCUUCAAUGAUGUAUCUACCAACUUAAAAUGAUGCUCUUUUGGGAACUAAGAUGAAUAAUGUACCCUUGACCACAGGCCAACAUUGACUAGUCAGGCAUCAGAAAUAUGGAAGGAAGAUGGGAGGGCAAGUGACUACCGACUGAGACUUUUUUUUAAAUUUUUUAUUUUUUUUAAUUUUUUUAAUUUUUUUUUAUUUUUUUUUCCGACUGAGACUUUUGAUAAAUUUGGUUUUCCCAAAGGAGUAACAAAGAUAUUCAGGGGUCCAAAAUAUUCCAAGUCUGAAAGGCUGACUGAAAGCAAGUUCGGUGGACAAAUCUUUAUAAACCAAGCUUAGUUACAAGUGACUGAUAAAAUGGUGUGUGUCUGUGUGAUAGUAAUCCAACUGCCACACAUGUAUCACUUUAGCUCCUCCAUCCCAACAUGAAAAUGGCCAGCAGCUUCUUAUAUUUGGCAUGAAUCCUUUAGGUAAAUAUUGUUCUCACUUUGAAUAAAGAGUGCUGAGAAAGCCAGCUCAAAGUUAUACAUUGGGGUGUGGGUAAUGGUGUGAGAAAAUUUGCGUGUCUGAGCUAAAAAUGGAAAUAGCAUGCAUUCGUCACAACAGGAACCAAUCUAAUAAACAAGCUAUAGUACAGCAUGUAUAUGGGUUUUCUUGUUAACGUCAUAUGGGUGAUGACCCAAGAAGUUUCACUUCUCUUAACAUACUUUGGUUCAAGCACUUUGGCCUUAUUAUUAUUGUAUCGUGCAGUAGCCAUCCGAGAAAAGUAAACAAUGAGCUUCAGAGAUGGCUCAUUAAUUAGUAGGGCAUACUGCUCUUCCAGAGGACGUGAGUUCAGCUCCCAGCACCCACAUAAGGUAGUUUAUAACUGCAUGUAACUCUGGCUCCAGGAGUCCAACAGCCUCUUCUGACCUUCAUUGAUAUUUACAUGCACAUACAGAAGAGAGGCAUUUUUUUCUUGUUUAAAUAGGUCUUCCAAGUGACAUAUUCAAGGGACACAGUAAUUCUAUUAUCAUUAAAUACAUAUAAUUAUAUAGAAUUCAAUGGCAAAUAGUAUCCAUAUAAUUGAAUGGAAAAUAGACAACUAGAUUAUAUGAAACUAUUUCAUAGGUGUUAAAGAAAGCAAGAGAAAGAAGAAAAACCUGGGGCCUGUAAGAUCUAUGGAAGGCCAUGUUAAAGAGAAAGGAGGAGAUGUAUUUUUAAGUGUGAAGUCAAAACAAUAAAGAAUUUUACACUAAGUUAGGUUAAUUUAAUCAGAACUUAUGAGUUAUAAUAUAGUGAUAAGAAACUUGAUACUUAUAUAAAUUUUAAUAAAUCUUAUUAUAGAUUAAAUAAAUUCUUGACAAAAUAUAUAAACAAAGUAAAAUUGUUUGGGUUACCUUCAAUUUUUAUAGAAUUACAGGAUAAUAAUUUGUAGGAUUAAUAUGUCAAUUAAACAUGAUUUCCUCUUCCUAUUGUGGUUUAAUGAAAUCUCUUCUUCUAGUGGGUGACCUUAGUAAUUAUGCAUUCCUGAGUAAAAAAAAAAUGUUUUCAGAGAAAUGUCUUUUUUUUCAGACUGAGGACAUUUCAUUAGAGCUGGCUUGCAGUUUCAGAAUUUAGUACAUUACUGUCAUGUCAAGAAGCAUGUCAGACUGACCCUGGACUCUGACCUCAUAGGUAGCAAUGAAUAGCCUAGUAAGAGCACCAGUGGAAGGGGAAGCCCUUGGUCCUGCCAAGACUGAACCCCCAGUGAACGUGAUUGUUGGGGGGAGGGCAACAAGGGGGGAAGGAUGGGGAGGGGAACACCCAUAAAGAAGGGGAGGGGGGAGGGGGAUGUUUGCCUGGAAACCGGGAAAGGGAAUAACACUCGAAAUGUAUAUAAGAAAUAGUCAAGUUAAUAAAAAAAAAAAAAGAAGCAUGUCAGACAUGGUUCUGGAAAGGUACCUGAGAGUACCACAGCAUGAGCUGAAGGCAGGAGGAGACUGUGUGCCACACUGGGUGUAGUUUGAGAAUAUCAAACGUCAAAACCGUCUCCACAGUGACACACUUGUUCCAGCAAGGCCACACCUACUCCAACAAGGCCACACCUUCUAGUAGUGCCAUUUGCCAUGGGCCAAGCGUUCAAAUACAUGAGUCUAUGGGGAUCAUUGAUUUUCAAAUCACCACACUAACAUCACUAAUUUAGUGAAUUUCUUUGAUUUAUAUAAGAUGGAAUUAAAACUGCCAUCCAUAUUCUAAGAAGUAUUUAUAGAUGAUACAGUCUUCCUAUGAGUGAGUCUUUAUUUUAUAGGCCAAUUGAAAGAUAAUUCUCAGUCAUUUAUUUUAAGAAAUCCUCUCAAAUCUUCUAUCACUCGAUUUCAUACUGCCCAUGGGUCGCAGACUAUUUCAUACUUAGGUAUGAUUAACUAAGAAAACUAGAAUGCAAAGCUGAGAUAUCAUUCACUCAGUAGUCUUGUCUCCAGGGCCUUUUGUAAGGUUUUUAAAUUAAUGUAGACGGGUUUGUCCUGCUUCUGCUGAAUGCACUGAUCCUUUCCCACGUGGUAUGGGUUAAUUAUAACCAAUGCUUUGUUUGCUUUUGUUAGCAGUGCUGAUUUCAGUUUCCUAGGCAGCAGAUAUCUCCUACCAAAUUACAAUCUGCUACCCAAACAUCAGUAUUGCCUCUGUUUCAUUAUUAUUAUUGUUUGUGUAGGAAAACUGUUAGAAUCUGUAGUUCACCCGAGUUGUACCAAACAAUCUAUUUGCUAUGGAUGAGAGCAAUAUCCUUUGUAGACAUUCAUCCCAUACAUUUAGGAAGACAUUUAUAUUAUUAUUGAGUAUCUUGGCUGGUUUAAAUAUGAUGUUCCUAAGGUUCGAGGCUAAUGUUGGUUACAACAUUUUCACCAAAUUUUAUCUGGUUAUUGUACUGAUGUAAUUUUAGUCUGAACCAAUUGAGAAUUGACAACGAGUAUAAAUCAGUACCUAGAUGAGAACAAAAGUUAUAGCAUAGAAGUAGGGACUGAGUCAUAGUUGAUCUCUUUUUUUUUAUUUUUUUUAUAGUUGAUCUUUUUUACAACAAUGAUGUCAAUUCUGCAUUAAUGACAAUACACUUGCAUGAAGCACCAUAUAAUGAAGUGUGCAGCUAUGUUGUGCAGUGUGUGUGUACGUGUGUGUGUGUGUGUGUGUGUGUGUGUGUGUGUGUGUGUGUGUGUGCGUGCGUGCGUGUGUGUGUGUAGAACUGAUCUAUUUCUAUAUUAACAUUGUCAGGAAAAAUACACCCAUUCUUUGCCAUGGAGCAUAUUGUGUGUUGAGUUUUGAAUUUAUUUUACACUUGUCUGUGUUAUUUUACUGCAAUUCUUAUCUAAACAUUUCCAGAAAAAGAAAGGUGAGGAUUGAUUUGUCAAUGCCUGAGGCCUUUCCCAACUUGUGGCUGAAACCCAUGCUUGACAGUGAGUUGUUUAAGCCUCGAAAGGAAUUUUCCCACAGAAAGGAUGUUCUAAUUGGCAGGAUCCCAGGACCGCCCACAAAUCCAUUUAACCAUAACAGAGCUGACCAACAGCACUGUCAGGGCUAGAGUUCGUUUCCAAGUGGGAAGUCAGCCUAGUAUUAAUAGCACAGUUCCAGCUGAACUGCAGGCCCAGUGGACUUCUGAUGGGUCGGCCUGGGAACCAAGGCAAUCUUUGUAACACUUAUGGGAAAUGGAUUCCUUGGUGAGAAUGGUGGGAAGAAAGUCCGGCAGAGGCAGAGGAACAUGACUUCCCAUUUUCCCUUUUCACUCUAAUUAUUACCAACUCCAGUAUCCAGUGAGAAGAGACCAGGGUGACUCCUAGGGGAACACUUCCCUCAACUUGAAAUCUAGAGAGAGCCUGCUCUGUGUUGCUGAUCUGAUUGUGUCGGAUUGACUGUUCCCAUGUACAGAAUAUUUGGUGACUUCACCUGGAACAGCAUGUCUGGCCGUAGUGUGCGCCUGAGAUCUGUCCCUAUCCAAAGCCUCUCAGAGCUGGAGCGGGCACGGCUGCAGGAAGUGGCUUUUUAUCAGUUGCAGCAGGACUGUGACCUGGGCUGUCAGAUCACCAUUCCCAAAGAUGGACAAAAGAGAAAGAAAUCUUUGAGAAAGAAACUGGAUUCGCUAGGGAAGGAAAAGAACAAAGACAAAGAAUUCAUCCCACAGGCAUUUGGAAUGCCCUUAUCCCAAGUCAUUGCUAAUGACCGGGCAUAUAAACUGAAGCAAGAUUUGCAGAGGGAGGAGCAGAAGGAUGCAUCGGAUUUUGUGUCUUCGCUCCUCCCAUUUGGGAAUAAAAAACAAAACAAAGAACUCUCAAGCAGUAACUCAUCUCUCAGCUCAACCUCAGAAACACCAAAUGAGUCUACAUCCCCAAACACUCCAGAACCAGCUCCCCGGGCCAGGAGAAGGGGUGCCAUGUCCGUGGAUUCCAUCACAGAUCUGGAUGACAACCAGUCUCGACUCCUAGAAGCUUUACAACUCUCCUUGCCUGCUGAGGCUCAGAAUAAAAAACAAAAGGCCAGAGAUAAGAAGCUGAGUCUGAAUCCUAUUUACAGGCAGGUUCCCAGGCUAGUGGACAGCUGCUGUCAGCAUCUGGAAAAACAUGGCCUCCAGACCGUGGGGAUAUUCCGAGUUGGAAGCUCAAAAAAGCGAGUAAGACAAUUGCGUGAGGAAUUUGACCGUGGGGUUGAUGUCUGUCUGGAAGAGGAGCACAGUGUUCAUGAUGUGGCAGCCUUGUUAAAGGAGUUCCUCAGAGACAUGCCUGACCCCCUUCUCACAAGGGAGCUAUACACUGCAUUUAUCAACACUCUCUUGUUGGAGCCUGAGGAACAACUGGGCACCUUGCAACUCCUCAUCUACCUUCUACCUCCCUGCAACUGCGACACCCUCCACCGCCUCCUACAGUUCCUCUCCAUUGUUGCCAGGCAUGCUGAAGAUAAUGUCAGCAAAGAUGGACAAGAGGUCACUGGGAACAAAAUGACAUCUCUGAACUUGGCUACCAUAUUUGGACCCAACCUGCUCCACAAGCAGAAGUCAUCAGACAAAGAAUAUUCUGUCCAGAGCUCAGCCAGAGCUGAAGAGAGCACAGCCAUCAUAGCUGUGGUACAGAAGAUGAUUGAAAAUUAUGAAGCCCUCUUCAUGGUUCCCCCAGAUCUCCAGAAUGAAGUGCUGAUCAGCCUUCUGGAGACAGAUCCGGAUGUUGUGGACUACCUGCUCAGAAGAAAGGCUUCCCAAUCCUCGAGCCCUGACAUGCUUCAGUCGGAAGUUUCCUUUUCCAUGGGAGGGAGGCAUUCAUCUACAGACUCCAACAAGGCCUCCAGUGGAGACAUCUCCCCUUAUGACAACAACUCCCCAGUACUGUCUGAGCGCUCCCUGCUGGCUAUGCAAGAAGACAGGGCCCGGGGGGGCUCGGAGAAGCUUUAUAAAGUGCCAGAGCAUUAUACACUGUUGGACCACUUGCCAUCGCCAAAGUCGAAGUCAAGAGAAAGUUCUCCUGGACCAAGGCUUGGAAAAGAUAUGUCAGAGGAGCCUUUCAAUAUCUGGGGAACUUGGCAUUCAACAUUAAAAAGCGGAUCCAAAGACCCAGGAAUGACAGGUUCCUAUGGUGACAUUUUUGAAAGCAGCUCCCUCCGACCGAGGCUGUGUUCCCUCUCUCAAGGGAACCUAUCCCUGAAUUGGCCUCGGUGUCAAGGGAGCACCACAGGAAUGGACAGUGGCACUCAGGUAAUUCGGAGGACUCAGACAGCGGCCACCGUGGAGCAGUGCAAUGUCCACCUUCCGGUGUCACGUGUCUGCAGCACUCCCCACAUCCAGGACGGCGGCAGGGGGUCCAGGCGGCCUGCAGCCAGGUCUGAGCCAUUUUUGUCCUUAAACAGCACGGAAGACCUGGCCGAGGGCAAGGAGGAUGUGGCCUGGCUGCAAAGCCAGGCCCAAGCCGUGUACCAGAGACCUCAGGAGAGUGGUAGAGAUGACAGGCGCCCCCCUCCACCUUACCCAGGGUCAGGGAAGCCUGCCACGACCUCGGCCCAGCAGCCACUAGAGCCUCCCCUGUGGAGGCUCCAGAGGCAGGAAGAAGGUUCAGAAACAGUUGUGGAAGAAGGAGGCCAGCAGGCCUCAGGGGAACAUCAGACCAGGCCAAAAAAACUGAGCAGCGCCUACUCCCUCUCAGCCAGUGAGCAGGACAAGCAGAACUUAGGGGAAGCCAGCUGGCUCGACUGGCAGCGAGAGCGGUGGCAGAUCUGGGAGCUCUUGUCGACUGACAACCCCGAUGCCCUCCCGGAAACCCUAGUAUAAGCCCGCCAGCAGCUGGAGCCCACCCUUCCAAAAAACAUCUUCCGGCCCAGACCCGGAAACUAUGGACAAUUGGACACUUACUCGUUUUUCUUUUUGUUUUUCCACAUUUUGAAAAAGUAACACAAGAGAAAGUCCACUUCCAGAUUCACUUCUACCCUUGCCAUUUAUGGUAAGACUCUAUUGCAUAGCCAGCCUUAGAAAAAGCAAACAAACAUGACAAUUCCCAAUCUAAAAACCCACAUUGGCUUUAUGUAAAAUCAAACUCUUGCUUUGUUAUAGCUUAAGUGUAUUUAUGUGUCUUCAAUUUUGGCUAUUGUGUAUUCUGUAACAAAUUAUGUAUAUCAAUAUGAUAUUCACAGAGAAGACAGAACAAUUAGAAAAAAUCACUGCACUUAUAUUACACUUUGAGAUAUAUUAAGCAACCAGAUUCUAUAUGCUCUGGAUUAUGCACAAGCGGGUAUCUGCUUUUUGCCAUCACUUCUUAACUGGGGACACCCCUCCCUUCAAUGCCUAAAGAAAUACUAACCAACCAAAAGAGAAAUGAGAAGCCAUAUUUUUAUAUAGUAUUGAGACACAAAAGUUAUAGACACUGAAUGCUUUUUCAUAGUGAGUAUGUUUUAAGGAAAUAUUAAAUUUGAUACAUUAUGAAGUAUAUUUUUAGACACUGUUUAGAAAGGACUCAGUGAAGAAUCAAAUCAGAGAAAGGUGGUGCCUAAGAGUACUUAAGAAAAUUUCCAUCUCAUUCUAGGUCAAAUUCAAUUUUAUAUAGGCCUCUUAUAAUAUAUAUUUAUAAAGCAUUACUUUUAUGUAUUUUUCAAAACUACCAACUGAAAUUCAAUCAUAAAACGUUUUAAAAUACAAAUACACAUUCAAAUUAUAUAUCAUUUCCCCCCAUCUGCUCUGUUAUCAAUUUUAGCCCAAUUACAAGCAAGUCCUUGUAAAGUAAAUCCUAUCGGGGGGAGCAAAAAAGCUACAUCUUUGCGCUUACAUUGUACCAAAGGCUGAGGAAAUGUGUCUUCAGUAAUAUUAUGUGUAUUGUAAUGGUAUUGUAAUGUGUGUGUUACUACAGUAUACAGUACUUCAGUAAUUUCAAGUGUUACAACUGCAAAACCACUUUUGACCAGCAAGUGGCAGUUUGCUUCAGUAUUUUCCAAUUUUUUUUUUCUUCAAAUCAGAAGGGUCAGUGUAUUAUAUACAAAGAGGGUUAUAUAUAUAUAUAACGUGAUACUCUUCAUUUUCAUGUUGGCAAUGAAAAUUUUCAGUGGUGUUUCUUAAUAUUCUAUCUUGUGCCAUGGUGAAUAAAAUGUUAAGCAAAAA